UGGGGCGGGAUUAGCAUUGCAACCUCUUCCGGAUACGACAUGCUCUUCAUGGAUGCUAAACAUCAUUCAUAACAACACUACAAAUCCGUAAAAAGAACUUCUCUAUUAUAGCCGCAGUUGAAAGCCAUACUGUGACAAUGGGUUUGCUGACAAUUUUAAAGAAGAUGAAGCAGAAGGAGCGGGAGAUGAGGCUGCUGAUGUUAGGUCUGGACAAUGCGGGGAAGACGACCAUCCUGAAGAAGUUCAACGGAGAAGACGUGAGCACCAUCUCCCCGACGCUGGGCUUCAACAUCAAAACGCUGGAGCACAAGGGGUUUAAGUUGAAUAUCUGGGACGUUGGGGGUCAGAAGUCACUGCGCUCCUACUGGAGGAACUACUUUGAGAGCACAGACGGGCUGGUGUGGGUGGUGGACAGCGCAGACAGACUCCGGGUGGAGGACUGCAGACGGGAGCUCAGUGCACUGCUGCUGGAGGAGAGGUUAGCCGGCGCGACACUGCUGGUAUUUGCCAACAAACAGGAUUUACCAGGAGCCCUGUCGAAGGAGGCUAUACGAGAGGCACUGGACCUGGAUGGGAUCAAAAGUCAUCACUGGUGCAUCAUUGGUUGCAGCGCCGUCACAGGAGAGAAUUUGUUAGCUGGAGUGGACUGGCUGUUGGAUGAUAUCGCUGCAAGGAUCUUCACCACUGACUGAAUGUUUGAGCAGACACGACUCCCGGCUCAGCGGACUGUUCUGAUCCAGAGCGCAAAUGUAUUUAUUCAAUCAGCUGGUCAAAGUCAAACAUGAAUGAGCUGUGUGUAUUAAACCGGGUUUAUACCAUUUUUUUCUUUCGUUUAAUAUUGCCACUUAGGAUGCUCAACAGAGUGGAGAUUAUUUGCAAAAUGUAAGAGGCCUAAUUGAGGCUAAAUGUGUGAUCCCUGACACCAUGUUCUACAUUUCAAUAAAGAUCAGUCAUUAUGGAACCCAUGGGAACUUAAUAUCCCAUACGAUUUUUGCAUUAGCAAACUAGUCUUGUCAAAUUCUUUGACUUUUCUGGAAUUUGAGCCACUAUCGUAUUGACCUCUUAAGGUUUUACUGACCACUGAAACGUUUUUAAAGUUUAAGCAGAUACAUAAUAUGCACCGCUGUUAAUUGUUGCCCAAUUUAUUAUGUGAAACAUUUCAGAAAAUGUUUUGUACUGUUUAAGAAAUGACAUUCCCAAAGCA